UCGUUAUUAGUACGCCGUCAGCCGUCGAAGCUGGACGAUCUUUUGUCGCGGUCUCUUUCAAACGUCGCGUUAUUUUUGUUUACGUUCACCGCUUCUCUAUUAAACUCGUUCUCGAUCCGAAUAUGCGUUACGUUUCGCGAUUAAUCUCGAUCGUGUCCGCGAUGCAGUGAUUAAAACCAGUGACUCGAUCCUCGAUUUCGUCCAGUGGUUCGAUGACUGUCGAUACGAUUCGCGUAUCGAACUGCGUUCGAUUAUCGAAAGUGAAAUCCUCGUGAGGGACGCCAUCCUCUUCGAAGAAGUAAUGUGUGAGAAACGGCGAGGCUGCUUUUUACCACGACGCGUUUAAUUGUCCGGGACUGCUGUGCACGGGACCAUAAAAGUUGAUCUGGCUUAGGGAACAGGACUAACUGGUGAAUACAGUCUUCCAAAGUAGUAUUAUUCCUGAAAAACUUGUCGACCGACCAGACACGAUAGGCAAAGUAAUCGAGGGGAUAGGCAAGUGAAAAAAAAAACACGAAAGUGCGAACUGCAAUGUGCAAGAAAAAAAGUGCGCGCACUCCUGGUAAUAAGAACAUCACGAGAGAAACUCUACGACGAUGACGGAAGGCGGACCGAACAUAAGUGACCUGAUGACGAAGAGCAAGCAGAGGAAUUGGCGGCGUUUGCUGGCUGGCGGUUUGGUCGUCGUUGUGGUGCUCGGCUUGGUCGUCGCGGCGGCGAUUCUUUUAACCGGAAGCCCGGAAGCACCGGAUCCCUCCGUGCCAGGCGCACCUGCUGGUAUUUCCCUUGAAGAAUGGCUCAGGGGCUCGUUAUCUCCUAAGAGCUUCAACGGCACGUGGAUCAGCGGAAACGAGAUACUUUUUAGCGACGAAACCGGAUAUCUCCUGAUCUAUAAUGUCACGUCGAAGAAGCGCUUGGUCCUCAAUACUUUUUCUUCGACAGUGUAUUCGAGCUUCGACUACCAAGUCUCCGCAGACCGGAAGUAUCUCCUAAUGGCCACCGAUUACCAGAAGCUCUAUCGGCACACGUACCUGGCCCACUACAAGAUCGUGAACCUGCAAACCUCCGUGGAAACGUCGCUGACGACGAACGACUCCAUUUCCCUGCAGCUGGCGACCUGGGCGCCACAUGGCAACGCGUUGGUCUACGUCUACCAGAACAACAUUUAUUACAGACCGGAAGCGGAGAAGGCUGUCGACUAUCAAAUCACGGACACCGGGGUGUUCGGGACCAUUUAUAAUGGAGUGCCAGACUGGGUGUACGAAGAGGAGGUGUUCGGCUCGAACAAGGCGUUAUGGUUCUCGCCGAGCGGCACUAAGCUGGCCUUCGGUUUCUUCAACGACACGCAGACACCGAUCAUAACGAUACCGUUUUAUGGCUAUCCAGGAAGUCUGACGUUCCAAUACACGUCCGCCAUUUCGAUCCAUUACCCAAAGAGCGGGAAACCCAAUCCCACGGUGAAGCUGUUCUACGUCGACUUAGAGAAGGUGGUCCAAGGUAACGCGAGCUUAACUGAAAUCGAACAUCCGGUCGAGUUAUUCGACAAGGAGAGGAUUUUAUCAGCAGUCGCAUUUCCUACGGACAAUCUCGUGUACGCGACCUGGAUGAACAGAGUGCAGAACGAGGCGUACUUCCACUUCUGUUACGUCAACGGUCCUGUACCGAAUUGCACGACCGGACUGCGGUACGUCGAGGAACAUGGAUGGGUCGAGCAGUUCGAGCCGCCGCUGUUCAGCAAGGACGGGAAUUCGUUCGUGACGAUUCUGCCGCAAAAGCAACCGGACAACAGCCACUGGAGGCAUGUUGUCGGAAUUACGAAUGUAUCCUCCGGCAAGGCGUCCACCGCAGCGCUAACUUCCGGCCGGUUCGUCGUAACGGAGAUAGUUUCUUGGGAUCAGGAGAAUUCGUACCUGUACUACCUGGCCACAACGGAAGAGGACUCCGCGGUUCAGCAUCUGUACAGGAUACACGUGGGUGGCGCGCACCGCAAACCAAAGUGCUUGAGCUGCAGCAUCGUCCGUGAAACGGAUAGGAACCCGUGUCUGUACAACACGGCCAAGUUUUCCACCGAUCAUUCCCAUUACGUGCUCACUUGCGCCGGCCCUGGAGUGCCUGACAUCGCCAUUUACAACAGGAAUUCUACGAAGCUAGCCGUUUGGGAAAGCAACCAGGCAGUGGCACAGAUCAUCGCUAAGAAAUCUCAGCCAGUGGUGCAGCGUUACAAAGUUCCAGUUUCUAGUGAAUUCGAUGCUCGAGUUAGACUACUGAUUCCACCCAACGCUGAUUUGAGUGGCGCCACGAAAUACCCUAUGCUAAUUUUCGUAUACGGCGGUCCAGACACGUAUCAGGUGACCGAGAAGUUCAACGUCGAUUGGGGCACGUACCUCGUGACGAAUAAGAGCAUCAUUUACGCGUCGAUAGACGGAAGGGGAUCCGGUUUAAUGGACAACGGGAUGCUGUUCGCUGGAUAUCGCAAACUGGGCACCGUCGAAAUCGCCGAUCAGAUUAACGUCACCAGGUAUUUACAAGAGACGCUCCAUUUCAUCGACCGUACCAGGACAGCGAUAUGGGGCUGGAGUUAUGGCGGGUACGCGACAGGCAUGACGCUCGCCAAGGAUUAUGACGGUGUCUUCAAGUGCGGCAUGUCCGUGGCACCCGUAACAGAUUGGGCUCUUUACGAUUCAAUUUACACGGAGAGGUUCAUGGGUUUGCCGACGGUUUACGACAAUCUCCACGGCUACGAGCAAGGCCAACUCCUCAACAAAGUAGACAAUAUUAAAACGAAGAUGUACUACCUGAUCCAUGGGACCCUAGACGACAACGUGCACUAUCAACAAUCUCUGCUGCUAGCCAAGGUUCUCGAGCAGAAGGAUAUACUGUUUCGACAACAGACCUACACUGACGAGGACCACGGGAUCGCUCAGUCCAGGUCCCACUUGUAUCACUCAUUAGAGAACUUCUUGGACGAGUGUUACGAAGCCUCAUGAUCGCAGCAUCGAUGAGAAACGACAAUCUAGAUCCUUCGCGUCACCUGCCUCACAUUCCACCUGUAAAUACCUUGUCAUUUGUACAUACUCGAUGUACAAUAUGUAAUAUGAAGCGUUAGUGUAUAUAAUCAAGAGAGAAAACUAAAUAGGUACACUCUACGUGAAGAAUCCCGAGUACAAUAAACGUUCCUUCCCAUUCCUCGUGCUUCCUGAUGAGAGGGUGAGCUCAGCCCCGCCCCCCCCCCCCCCCCCACCCCCACCCCCGUCUGGAGUACAAUCUCAGAACUCCAAGGUUGAAAUUUGGUCUGAAUUCUUUUCUGAUGAUACAGCAAAUAGGGUUAAUUGUAUCGCAACGAUAUUUUAAGUCGGUAUUUGCAAUAGCAAGUGUACGAAAGUGCUAACGAAAAUGACAAAAAUCAACCUUAAAUCAACCCCUUAUAAAUGUACCUUACAAAUGUUCAUCUUCGUUUAAUUUCCAUCGGUAGACUGAUCAGUAGAAUUGUUUUAAUAUAUUUUUCUCGAGUAGAUCAGUUCCGUCUGUAAGAUCGAAGGCCUAACGAACCCUACACGAGAGAAUUCUAUAAAUAAUAAAGGAAACAUGGAGAAGGAACACCGCGGAAAGAUUAGUUCCCUGAAGAUUUGACACCUUUGAGGGAAACAAGAGGUGUCAAAUGCUUCGUUGUUGACGAGGAAACAUUGCUAAACGUUGCGCGACGAUGACAAAGGUCGCUCUUUUAAUAAUAAAUCGUAAAACCGUGUUUUCCUUUUUCGUUUCGUUGUUUUAUGCGAGGCAUGUGAGAUUGGGAAGUAAAUGAAGGAUGUGAAGUAAAUGAUUAUUAACUGUCUGUAGGAUGUUUAUAAAAACAGGAAGGAAAGGAAGUCAAAGAAACAUAUGCAAUGAUAUUGUUGAUGGUAUUUAAUGUUUUAUUUAGUUUAGAAAUGAUCGGUGAUGGUGCACGACUCGUACAUUAUUAAUAGUUAAUAUAACCGUUAACAGAGCUUUCAUUGUUUUACAAUCGUUUAUGUGAUACGAGCUGCUAGUGUUAGCUAUGUUGUUUUAUGUUAUAAAUAUACAAAUGCACAACCGUAGAUUGUGUAAAUUAAUAUAAUCGUUAAAGAACAUUGUUUGAUUAUAAAAAUAAAUUUCUUCUUGUUGGUUUUUAUUAACGUUAGGAUAACGAAGCCUUCAACUAUCGUAGUUUAAGAUCUUUCUCGUCGUGUAUAUAAUUAAAUUAAUGGGCUGUUUGUUAAAAAAAUUCCUGGACGUAAUAUAGCUCAUCUAUUUCUCUUUACUAUUAAAAAUAUGAUACUGCGACUACUAGUAACAAUUAAGUCUAUCCAUAGUCUAAGCAAUGUACUAACAAACUCUUUAAAUACGUCGAUUUUAUAAUGAAAGGACCACUGUAAUGGUUUCGAGAACGAAUUAACAGAAAUUUCUUAAACUAAUUGUUAACUUUCAUUCCGACAUAUUGUACAAAAUAUUUAAUCGAGUAUAUACAAUUAAAAAAUACAUAAUUAAAAGUACCCAACCACACAUAAAUAGGACAAAAAUAUAAUGAUAAUCCAGCGGUA